AUGGAUCCGGCGGAGCGUCGGUACCUGGAGAAUGAGGACACGGCGGCGAUGAAGACGAUCAAGGGCGCCACCAUGGGGCUCGCCGCCGGCACCAUCUGGGGCACGGUCGUCGCGACCUGGUAUGAUGUGCCUCGGGUGGAGAGGAGCGUGGCGCUUCCAGGCCUGAUCAGGACCGUGAAGCUGAUGGGUGCCCACGGUCUCACUUUCGCGGCGAUCGGUGGCGUGUACAUUGGCGUCGAACAGCUGGUGCAGAACUAUCGAAUGAAGAGGGAUUUCUACAAUGGGGCUGCGGGUGCCUUUGUUGCCGGGGCCACCAUACUGGGUUUCAAAGGUAAGGAAAAAUAUGAAAUGAUUUCUACGGCCAUAAGCAGCGCUUCGAGCGCCUUCGUUGGGGAGAUUUUGAAAUGAUUUCUUGUUGUUAUUCGAAAGCUUAUAGCGUUUCUUUUCUUCUUGUCUGGGCGAAGUACAAAGGCGUGUGGGAAUGAAUUAUUUAUAAUUUCGGUCGCUGAAGCAUCUACUAUUUCCUCUUGCCUUGUGCAUGGAAUAGGCAGAAGGUAAUACUGAAUCGUCGGCAACAUCAUCCAAAUGCUCUCAUUUGGUAGAAUAUGAAAUAUAUUUCCUUUUUUCAAUAAUGUUGGACAGAGCUUCUAUAGCAACUCAAAAUGGGCUACUGAGUUUUUAAUUAUACUGCUUGAAUGAUGAUGAAAAAUAAAAAAAUUCACCGUCUUCUAAGGUCGCUGGUAGAGUUUUGAGUUAGCUACAUAUGACAUGCUUUUAAGAUAUCAAAAAGAGACCGUCUAUCCACGAAUUGAUGAAUGCAAAGCGUAGAAAUGGAGAAACAAUCACAAAACCUUACGUGAGACUGAUUUUAUCAUUGUGACUUCGAUUUGCCUUAUAGAACUUGCCUCUAGAGGAUUUGAUGAAGUGUUUGGGAUGUUAUUUUCAAAUCGAGGAACCAGGAUCUUAGAUGAGAGAAGAUUUGUACUGAGGUUGAGGGAAGAGAUGUCCAGUAAGACAUGAGAGGAUAGCGUCCAUGUAAGUUGAUAAAUUGUCUAGUACAGAUUAGGAUAAUUUUUAAAAAACUUUUAAGUCUCAUCAAUGGCCCUACACAUUUGGAGUCAGUUGUUGCUGAGCAAAGGGUUGCCGGAUAAAAAUGCUGCAUUGAAUUUUCAAUAUCAUGAGAACAUACCUAAAAAAAAUCAUUCUAAUGACAUUAUAAUGUACAGAAUCGUGGAUGCUAUCUUUACCCAUUUCCUGGACCCAAAUUCAUUCCUCCCGUCAAUGAUGGGCUAUUAAUGCACAUAAUAGGAAAAUUAUCUUCUCCUAUCUGACAGCUGCGGUUUACACUCUGAGGUUUCAGUAUAUCUAUAAAUUUUUGGGGAGAAUUUUCGAUCUCCUGGCAUUACAGAUAUUUUUUUAGAUUUUCCUGAAUAUGGUUGUUUCGACAGUUCCUUAUCAAGCAUCAGUGGGAGGGAUUAUGCGUAUAUAAAUUCACGAGUACAAGCAUGUCGAAUAUCAACUAAUGAGGUCUUUUCUUUGUUGGUCUUAUAGACUUCCUGAAAUGUGUGACGUUCCCAUUUUAUGACAUUUCCAUUUGAGUGACAAAAUAAUUUUGUGGUAUUGUGAUCCCCUAGUGUAUGUUUCUAGUUUAGUUUUUGAUGCUGAUGAAUUAAAAUUUUCCAUUCAGAUUUUAUAAUCAUAUCCAUUAUAUUUUCGUAUUAAAUUUCCAUAAUUAUUUCUUGCCCAUUAUUUAUUUCAUUGUCUAAGUCUAGUAGAAGGAUGUUAGUAAUCAUCAGCAUCAUCAGCAUUACAUUAUGUACCAUGUCGUACGUUUUAGUUUAUUAUUUUUUCCAUCAAUUAGGAUCUCUAAUUUAGUAACACUGUAGAGAUGUCAAACUAAUGUAUAUGCGUCCAUCACAAUUCCCAAUAGAAAUAUCAAAACAAAUGGAAAUUUCUGUUAUGGUUUAUGAUCAGAUUGUUCAUACACUUUGUAAAACCAUUUGCAAAGGGGAAAUAAGGACCUGAUAAGAAUCUGGCUGUUUGAAGAGACAAGUAGUUUGUUGCAAAGCGUCAGUUCCAUAAAUCUCCUUGAACUGGGAAACCUACUCAUAUCCGGUAUUUGAUGAUUCGAGUUAAACAAGAACCUAAUGCUGGAAAAUAAUUUGUAUUUCAUGUGCUGAAGAUUUGGUUAGGAGCCUGAUGAAUUCUGAAAGGUGGAAGCUAUCUCAAUAUUUAUCAUUUCUGAUUAUUCAAUGAGGAAAUCAUUGCGGACGUGUAAUAAGAAGCCAUGUACAAGGAGGGCAUUGCCACUCGACUUUCUACACCACUUUUGAAGUUGUAUAUCAUUGAGAUAACCAUCCAGAAUGUGGUCAAGCAGUGUUUCAAAGACCAAAGCGAUGCGAAGGUACCAGUUGAAGUAUACCUAAGAUGAAUAUAAACAGAAAAGCGGAAAAGAGAAAUAGAGGGGGGGAGGGUGUAGGCUACCCGGUAAUGACGUCUUAUGAAUAGAAAGGUACUCCUGAGGAAAUGUGCAGACAAAUCUAUUCUUUGCGAAGAUCAGAAUAUGAACAAAUUGUGAUGAUCAAGUUUUACAGUUUGACCUACUUUGCUGGACCUACAUUUCUUGAUCCCAUUUUUAUUUGGCCUACAAUAAAGCAUUGAUAAUUUUUAUCGGUAUGAGUGCCUAAAAUGACCAUGAUAAAAAUUUAGGUGAACGACUUUUACUUUUGGACUUUAUGACGAAUUUUUCUGUACAUUGUAUGAAUAAUCUAGAAAAAACAGAACCUGCUUGACAGUCGGUCAGUCGCAACAGUUUUCACAAUUUUUCUUAGAACCAAUUGUCAUAGAUUUAAUGGUAGAUACGGUAGUUAUGCAUGUUGUUUCUAUCGUUGUCUUGAGCCGUAUAAAAGAGAAACUAAGUGGUGAACCCCAUCUUUCGUUGUGAAAAGUAGACGUCUUCUCUGUAGUGGUCGAGUAUUGCAUGCUGUAACAUACUACACGCUGAUUCAACCUUUUUUUAACUGUGGAAAUCUUCUGAAAUAAAUUUCUAAUGAUCCUAGGCCAUAGGGCUGAUCAAAUUUGUACGAUAUAAAUUCAUUAUUUUGUGCGUUUUGUAAACACUCGGAAGAAUUUUGUUACACUGACCUUAAAAGUGAAAAGUUGAGCCAACUCUGGGUUUGCUUUUGGUUUGCUUUUGGUUUGCUUUUGUUUGAUCGGCCGUGAAGGAACGUCCCAUCUCAGGUCUGAUCUUACAGCUGGGGAAGUUAUCUGUAGACAAAGGCUGGAUCAGCCUGUUGUAGUACUGUCAGCUCAGGGAGGUUUCCUCAUUUGUCAGUAAGAAGGAUAAUCCUUGGCAUGUCAAUUUACACAUGUUAAACGGUAUUUGUCUAUUUCUGGAGUUUUUAACCAAUCAGAUCAUCAGUAUGAUUUAAAGAUUAUGACCAAAAUGAAAUGAAUUCUCUAGACCAUGUUAAAUUAUUUUAUAUCUGAUUAUUUUUGGGAAGUGUCACAUGAUUGUGUGAUCCACUGUUAUUGAGCUGAUUUUCCUUGUCUUCGCGUUUUGUGAAUAAUAACCCACCAAAUUGUUCAUUGCCAAUGUUGGAUGUCAUUGUAUCCAAUCCAAGUUGAUAGUUGCCUUGGUGAUCAUUGAUACCUAUCUUGUUCAUAUUCCUUGUCGCCAAGAACCAAUCCAAAGUGUAAGGGAGUACCGAUGUGUAAUAUUAUAUAAUUUGUUCCUUCACAAAUUCAUGUCCUCUGCUUCAUUUACAGUUCCCUCAGAGAACUAUGAAUCAAUUCAACGAGGGUUUGCUGCAGAAACCUUGUUUGUCACCUUUUGAUUUCCAGAAAUGAUCUGUUCUGAAUGCCUACUCCAGAUCAGUCGGAUGAAUGCUGAUUUUUUCUCGUCUGACUGGAUAAAUUUAUCUUCGCUCCCAUGACGAACAGAUUAAAUCUUCCCCGAGAAGUUAAUAUGGGUUCGGUUCAAGCUUUAAUGGGGAAGAUUAUCACAAAAUGCUUCAUAUAAAGAAAGAAGGCAUAUCUCCCGUUGUUUGAAACUUCAUGCCCACAGAUCUUGUGGACACCAAAUCAUGAUUUGCUAUAAUGCUCCACUAUUUUGUGCUGAUCAUGUGAUCGCUUCUCUUUCAUAUAAACAGGGAGAUUUCUAAGGAAACAAUGAACACCGUCACUAAUCUCCCCUCCUAAUAUUUUUCUGCAGGCCGGAAUAUUAAGACAGCAAUCAAAGCUGGUUCGGCCUUAGCUUUCACUUCUGCAGUCCUGGAUGCCGGCGGCCAGACCACAAGGAUCGACAAUGGUAAAGAGUACUACCCAUACACAGUGGAGAAGAGGCCCUCUGUCAGCUGA